UCUGAUUCUCGCUCGCAGCAAACGCUGCCCCCGUUCCAGAGAACAUCCUCCGCCGCCGCCGCCUGCGGUACUCAGUUUCCCUUCGCCUGCUGCUCCGCUGCGGUGCUGCCUGUAUCUUCCUCUAGGUAGAGACUUUUUUUACUGGACAAUCGUGAAGCACUUCAUUUGCGAGCUGUGAUGGAUCUGGAAACGGAGAACAGAAUAGCUGCAAUGCUUCUCAGAGAAGCUGCAGAAUUGAGGCGGCAAGCUGAGAAAGAAGGCGUCCGUGCUUAUCUUGAGAAGCCUACUGUUAGGGCUCGGCCGAACUCACGAUUCCUUACUGCAACUGUUCUUGGAGUACAGCAAGGGGUGACAACCAGACUACAAAUGAAAUUGUUCUCCAGCUUGAGUGAGAAUGGGGUCCUAAGUAUGCUUUUAGGCAAAUCGAGUCGUGGAAGUAAAUGAAAUGUGGCGAGCUCGGGAGAAAGAGAAAGAUUUGGGCAACCAGCUUGGUGAGAGAUCCAAAGGUAAGAAAGUCGAGAUUAACAAGGACAGGAACAUUGGUGAAUCUCCAAGGAGUUCAAGCAAGAGACUGUCUGUACGAGGUAAUGAUGCAAGACCCUCAUGCUCAUCAAAUGAUGUGGUACGGGAGGGCAGCCGCUCGAUGAAAGAGGAGGGAUUGAAGGAUGAAGAAAUUGAAGAAUUCUUGCAUUCCAGGGUGAAGCGCGGUCGAGGUGCAGUAGGUUCAAGGAUGGACGAGACAGGUCCCUAUCGUCCCUCCGGAGAAGACACCAUCGAGAAUCCGUCAUCGAAUGAAGGUAGAGAGCAUCAUCGUGCAAUCUUGGGUCCAGAGAAGCCUUCUUCUUUGAAGUCGAGUGAUUCCUCGGAAGAUGAACCUGACGAGGACCGGAGGAAGAAGGCCAAAAAGAAGGGCAAGUCGGAAAGAAAACACAAGUCCAAAGCGAAGUCUUCGUCGUCGUCAUCUUCGUCGAGAGAUAAUAAGAAAAGGAAGAGGAAGGAAGAAAAGAGAAGGCAGAAACAACACUAGUUGGGACAACCAGGCUUCCAAACACCUUCCUUGAUGUAGCUUCUGAAUGUAGGGUUGUGAUGACAAAUGUUAGUGAUCUCUAUGCUUGGUUCAGUUGGUGUCGGUCAUAUGGUUUUUGCCUGUUGCACAUUCGGUUGCUGCAACAUGGGAUAUCUAUUAUCUAGCUGCUUUGAGAGUUGGAAUGUGGUA